AUGCCUUCCCAUCCUCAAGACGAAGUCCAACAUCAUUCCCUCACCGAUCCCGGGACAUUUUGGGCUGAACAAGCGUCCCAUCUCCACUGGCACAAAAAGCCCACCUCCACCCUUUCGAAAUUCAAGAAACCCUUGAAGUCUGGCGUCAACCACGAUCACUGGGAAUGGUUUCCGGGUGGCGAAAUUUCAACCUGCUAUAACUGUGUAGAUAGACAUGUUCAUGCAGGAAACGGAGACCAGACCGCAAUUAUCUGGGAUAGCCCGGUCACGAAGACGAAACGGAAGUAUACGUACAACCAAUUGCUUUCUGAAGUCGAGACCUUCGCUGGUGUUUUGAGGGAGCAGGGUGUAAAGAAAGGCGACGUGGUUCUGAUAUAUAUGCCUAUGAUACCCACGGCUCUCAUUGGAGUCCUUGCCAUUUCUCGAUUAGGAGCCAUUCAUGCUGUAGUCUUCGGAGGCUUCGCGCCCGCGUCAUUAGCUCAACGUAUCGAUGCUUCAAAACCCGUCGCCAUACUCACCGCCUCAUGUGGAAUUGACGGGGUCAAACCUCCCAUGUCAUACAAACCAUUCAUCACUGAAGCUAUCAACCUUUCAUCUCACAAACCAAAGAGAACAAUCAUCUGGCAGCGAGAGCAACUUACAUGGGACAACAUUGACGAGCUACAUGGGGGAAGAGCUUGGCAAAGUCUGGAUAAAGAUGCACAAUCACGUGGGUUGAAAGCUGAUUGUGUCCCUAUCAAAUCCAGCGAUGGUGUUUAUAUUAUUUACACUUCGGGAACAACAGGGCUACCAAAAGGGGUCGUUCGAGAAGCAGGCGGCCAUGCUGUAGGUCUUCAUUUAUCAAUCAGCUACCUUUUUGGCAUCCAUGGACCUGGAGAUGUCAUGUUCUGCGCAUCAGACAUCGGAUGGGUAGUUGGGCACUCUUAUAUUCUUUACGCACCUCUACUCACUGGGGCUGCGACAGUGCUUUUCGAAGGUAAACCAGUGGGUACUCCAAAUGCUGGGGCGUUCUGGCGGAUUGUUGAAGAAUACAAAGUCAAUACAUUAUCCACGGCACCGACGGCUCUGCGAGCAAUUCGACGCGAUGACCCCGAAAAUAAGAUGUUCAAGGCAAUCGGUGAACGAGGUGGCCUUAAGCAUCUCCAGGCGCUUUUCUUGGCUGGCGAGAGAUCCGAACCAAGUAUUGUAACAAUGUAUCAAGAACUGCUCAAAAAGUAUGGCUCACCCGGAGCGAGUGUAAUCGACAACUGGUGGAGUUCAGAGUCCGGGUCGCCAAUCUCUGGAAUUGCGUUGGUACCUCACGCCGGGAAAGAUCGGAAGACCAAGGACAGAAGUGUGCAACCCUUAGCUAUUAAACCAGGAAGUGCGGGGAAAGCCAUGCCAGGUUUCGAUGUCAGGGUAGUAGACGAUACUGGAGAGGAAGUUCGAAGGGGUAAUAUGGGCAAUAUCGUUCUGGGAAUACCGUUGGCGCCUACAGGCUUCCGCACACUUUGGGAAGACGAAGAGAGAUUUUACAAGGGGUAUUUAAAACGAUUUGAAGGACGGUGGAUUGAUACUGGAGAUGCAGGAAUGAUUGAUAAAGACGGAUACAUUCACGUUAUGUCUCGGUCAGACGACAUUAUCAACGUCGCCGCUCACAGAUUCAGCACCGGCUCCAUUGAACAAGCUAUUUCAUCUCACCCGACCAUCGCCGAAUGCUGCGUUGUUGGCAUUCCAGACGCUUUGAAAGGUCACCUCCCCUUUGCAUUUGUGACUCUGUCUACCGCCGAUCAUCCUUCCUCUGCAAUUCCCUCUGACCAGGUCUUUGGCGAAGUCCAAAAACUUGUCCGUACCCAGAUUGGUGCAAUAGCUUCCCUUGGAGGCAUGAUUCAAGGCAAGAGUAUGAUUCCCAAGACGCGCUCGGGGAAAACCUUGCGAAGAGUCUUGAGGGAGUUGGUUGAGAAUGCCGUGCAUGGCGAGUUCGAUAAGGAGGUUCAAGUCCCUGCCACGGUAGAAGACGCGAGUGUGGUUGAGGUAGCGAGGGAAAAGAUUACCCAAUAUUUUGAAGAGAAAGGGGGUGAUUUGCAUAAGGCAACAGAGGCUAGAGCAAAACUUUGA